UUGAACCGGAAGCUCAAACAAAAAUCGUCUGCACUUCUUUGGAAAUGUCUUUUAAAGUAGAAACACUUUUAGCUAGCUUGAAGGAAAUACAACAAGAAAAGAGUUAUCUAGAACAAAAAUUGAAUGAAAGAAGAAACAGGAGAAGACAACUGGAACAAGAACUAGAAAGUGUCAAUGGAAAGUACUUGCAGAUUAAAGAUGUCCACACAAAAAUGAAUGAAACCCUUAAAGUUGCACAGCAUAAAGUUUCUCAGACACAAAGUCUUGCUGAUAGUUUGGAUGAUAGGAAUGAGUAUUACAAAAAGAGUAUAGAAGAUUUUAACCAGAAAUUAAAUGUUGAGAAAAAGAAGCAAAUGGAAGAAGUGACACAGUUUGAAGAGAAUUUGUCACAGGUGUCAGAUUAUUUAUGCUCAGCAAGGACAGUUUUUACAGAUGAAAAUUUACAGAAUUGUUUGACUGAAGCAGGGAAUAUAGAAAAGAAACUUCACGAAAAAGUGACAAGUUACCAGAACAGUUUACAAGGAAUGGAGGCAGAAUUUGACAAACUGAAAAUAAAUCCAAAACAUGAACCAUAUUACAGUGAUAUACCAGUGGAAUUAAGAAGAGAUAUGUGGUUGUUUUUCCAGGAUGAACAUCACAAAGCAACUGAUUGCUUACAAGGUAUUCAAGGACAAAUUGAUAGUGCUAAGCAGCUGAUAGAAGCAGUCUGAUUUUGGUUGAUUUUAGUUCAUGACUAUUCAUAUAUGUUUCUGAAAAAGUGACAUGUUUAUAAUACCCAAAAUGUGUAAGUUCAUCUUGAUUUAAAAAAAAUAUUGGAAAUUUCUAUGAACUCUUAAUAUUUUCAUUUAUGAAUUAAAACAAGUUAUUAGGGAAUUAUUAGUUAGUCGGUAGACCACUUCAUGCUUAAAUUUUUUUAAGCCUUCACUACAUUUUUACAAACUUUUUGGAAAGGGUCAAAGAAUGUUUUUUUGUUCAGUAUUCACCUUUUACUAGUAUGUGUUCAAUGUUACAAUUGUUUUUAUGGAUGGGCAACCAAUGAUUUAGAGUAUGAUUCAUCAGUACUAUGUAGAUAGAAAAGUACCAAGAUAUUAAACAGUAAGGGGAUAAAAAAUCCUUAAUCUAGUUCAAUGUAAAAUUCCAUGGUCAUUUAUGUGAAACACUGGCCACAAUUUAUUACUAUUGUCUAUAGAGAAUGAUUAUCAAUUGCUUUGAUUUACAGGUUCUAUAUAUUUUAGAAUAAUCAGUUUCAGUGUACAAAUGAAAUGUAUUAUUUUAAUAUGUGUGUGUAUAUCAAACAAGAAUGUAUUCCUCUUUUAAGUGGAUGUCAGCUAAUGGUAAUCUGAUUUUUUCUGAAUAUAAUUUUUCAUGCAUAGUAAUUGCCAUAUUUACAGUUAUUUUCACUUUUUAAAUGAGCAAACCAUCUCUUAUAUAUCUGUGAUGGUCUCUUUCACCAAAGAAAUUUAAAAGAAAAACAACUAAAUCCAUAUACAUUAUAUCUUUUAUAAAUAGUUCUCAUAUACUUUGUACAAAUUCACUUUGUUAUUAGACCACAUGUCUAGUCAUUAUUUAUUGUUGUAAUUUUAUCAUGUUUGUUGAUUAUUAAACUGUUUUUCUGUUU